UCUAUUAAUAAAGAAAAAAUAUAUUAUUCUUUGCUUCUGUUUUAUAAUUAUUACAAGACAAGAUGAAGAGUUUGUGUUUCGCUGCUCUUGUUCUCCUUCUCUUGCCCGCCCUUUCCUACUGCCAGUCCGGCAACACUCAGGCCACCAUUGACGGUUCUACAUCAAUUCAGAAAGCAUGCAAAUAUGGUCAAUAUGGACUCGAUGCAAAUGGUGGCAGAGUAACUGGUGUUAAUGGUGCUCUCUGGCGUAACGGAGCUGGCUGUGGUGAUUGCUAUCAGGUGAUAUGCACGAACACGCAGCUGUGUAACAGCCAAGGCGUGACGGUGCUGGCAACGAACCAAGGCGGCAACGAUUUCAACAUGGUGCCAGCGGCGUUCCGUGCGAUGGCUAGGCCAGGGUUGGAGGACCGGCUCGUGUCGUCUGGAAUCGUAGGCGUCUCGUACCGGAGGGUGGCAUGCCGAUUCCCGGGCAGAAACGUCCUCGUCUGGCUCACCGACGACACUCGCCCUUCCCAGUACUUGUCCCUCACCUUGUUGAACGUUGGUGGUGUUAACGACAUUUCCCGCAUUCAAGUCAUGGGCGCUGAGGGGAGAUGGGUAACGCUGACGCAAGUGGUCGGUGAGGUGUAUGCCACGUCGGACAUACCGAGUGGAUCUCUCUCGGCGAGGGUUAUGUUCAGCGGAAGUUCCACGUGGCGUCAAGCCAACAACGUUAUUCCCAGGGAGUGGGGCCCAAACCAGAGCUACGACACCAACUUCCAAGUCAGCUAAAAUACGACGUCGUAACUUCCUCCGGGCUGGCUAGAAGAAGAUCGAUGAUGUGGACCCUUUCUUUUGUCCGUGUGAAAAUAUAUAUACUUGUACCCCAAAUCACUUGGGUGGCUUUGGAGUUCGUAAUAACCCUUGGCUGUAUUUUUAAUUCGAUGAAGUUUGUGUGAAUAAAGUUCUAGCCGCCGGCCUUAUUUC